GAUGGUAAAGACUAUGUUGUCCUUCCCCAAGUUAUGUUGCUCCAUACGGAAGAAGACUCCGGAUUCUCCUUGCCAACGUCACCUGUUUCCUGCAAGGAAGAAGAGGAAGUACACGAUUCUCUGUUCCCUUGUGACACCAUGUCGCAAACAAGUCAGCAUCGCACAGGAAGUAGAAGGAACAGUCGUCCUGUGAGUGUCAAGACCUUUGAAUCUGUGCCUGUGGAACCGACCAUAAAAGUGGUUCAAGAUGAAAAUCAGACAGACAGUGGGAUGAUUCUCGCGUCUGAAGAACUAGAGGCGUUAGAAGAGAAAGCAAAAGAAUUGGCGUUGCCCUUCAGUGGGCUGAUUUCCAGCAAAAGCAACGAAUCUGUUAUGUCUGAAGCUUCAAAUCCCACCAGCGGCUACCAGUCAGGCUACCAUUCUGAGCCAUGGACAUUGCCAUGUAUCCUAGUGAGGAAACAGACUCUUAAUGCUUAG